CUCUGUUAGCUCCUCUCCUCAGUGUUCAUAGUUGAGACGCACCGGCUCCAUCAACAUCACGGUGCUGUGAGGAACCCGCUCUGUAACCCUUCACACCCGGACCCGGACAGACCGCCGACACACACCGAAGGGACACGAAGUUUAGGCGACACGUUAUCAAAUAACUGAAGAUGAUUAAGCUCUUUUCUCUGAAGCAGCAGAAGAAAGACGAGGAAUCUGCUGGAGGAAACAGAACAGGAGCCGGGGGUAAAAAAGCCAGCGCGGCCCAGCUCCGAAUACAGAAAGACAUCAAUGAGCUGAACCUGCCAAAGACGUGUGAGAUCAACUUCCCUGAUGACGAUGACCUCCUCAACUUCAGACUCAUCAUCUCGCCAGACGAGGGCUUUUACAAAGGAGGAAAGUUUGUCUUCAGCUUUAAGGUAGGACAGGGUUACCCCCACGACCCCCCCAAGGUAAAGUGUGAGACGAUGGUGUAUCACCCCAACAUCGACCUGGAGGGAAACGUCUGCCUAAAUAUCUUAAGAGAGGACUGGAAGCCCGUGCUGACGAUAAACUCCAUCAUCUACGGUCUACAGUAUCUAUUUCUAGAGCCUAACCCCGAGGACCCGUUGAACAAGGAGGCAGCAGAAGUCCUGCAGACGAACCGGCGGCUCUUUGAGCAGAACGUCCAUCGUUCUCUGAGGGGCGGCUACGUGGGCGCCACCUACUUCGAGAGGUGUCUUAAAUAACUCGACGUCCCAAGAUUCUCCAGACCCCCCCCCCCCCGACACUCUUCACCUCCCUACCCCUCCCUCUGCCUCCCCCCCUCCUCCCCCCUUUUACUCCUCAGUCCUGCUCGUUGGCAGAAGCAGGAGCUGUGGCGACAGAAAGCAGCACGCCAGAAGACGCUUUUCUGUUUUAAAACACAAGACAAAGAAGAACCCCCCCCUUCUUCCUUCUCCCCUCCCCCUCCUCCCCCCCGUCCUCCCAUAUCUCUCUGUUUUACUUCCAAGACGCAGCAUUCGACCGUUUACACACCACAGGGGGGACGCCGAGACAACACACACCAGAACUGGACUUGAAAAGAUGGCUGACAGCGAAUGGCGGCGGCCGAGCAUGAUGAUACAGGACGGGUGGAGGGGAGGAGGGGGGAGGGUCCAGGUGUGGGUGGUCAGUGAAUGUUGCUCAGGUGAGUCAGUGAUUCAGAGAGCGACGCUGAUGAUGCUGAUGACCACGUGAUUUCCUUUUAUUUUAUUUUUUUUGUUUUGUGUGAGUGGCAAAAAUGCCUGCAUCAGACAGGCGGUCUGAAGGACACGCCCCCCUCCCUCCCGCUCGCCACCUUUUGUUUGUCCGUAACACGUCAGCUGGCAGCAAACUCCAAACUCAUGAACGCCGUUCCUCACAAACAUCAACAAUAAUGGUGCCCCUCCUAUUCAGUCUGGGUGGGAGGGGCUUGCUGGUAUGAGAGUGGUCAGAGUGGGAGGGGCUUGUGAGUCAGGCACGCCUUAACACAGUUUUCAGCCUGCGAUGACUCAGCAGCAGUCAGUAUGAUGAUGUCAGCGCUGGAGGGAGGGGCUAGUGAACCGCUGUGGGAGGAGCUUGUCUGAGUGGAAGCAGGUGCGCCUUAAAGUAAGACCUUGAUAGUUUUCAGCCUGCAGUGACUCCACAGACAUAACGGCGUCCAUGUGGAGGGAGGGGCCUCAGAUUUAUUCUCAAACUACAGUAACUAUACAAGUUAACUGGAACAUGAUUGGCUGCAGGUGGAGGUGUACACGGCGAAUGGCGUUCAGCUGCCGAAUCAGUUUGGAGUUUGCUGCUAAAUCACACUCAGCGUCAGGGGGCGUGGCGUCAUGUCAUGGGGGCGGGGGCAGUGUGGGCGGGGGCAGUGUGUUUAUUUUAUGGAGUUGGGUGGGCGGGGUUUAAGGGGAGGGGGAGGGGCUUUAGAUUUUCUUUUUUGGCGGGAGGGAGGGCUUGUUGUGGGCGGGGUCAGAUUAAGGGGCGGGGCUUGAAAUGUUAGGAUUCUACUGUGUAUAUUGAAACCCCGGCUGUUCACACUGACUGCAAUAUGAUUUAUGUUAAAUAAAAUAUGAACUUGAAUGAUUUCAGCUGUUGUGACGUCCGUUCCACAAAACUCGCCGACCUCAAACCGUCACCGUGGUAACAGGUGAUGGUUUACAUCAUGGGAUUACAUCAUUAUUAUUACAUCAGCUGAUCCCAAACCUGCAACCCUGAAAGGAAAGAAUCUCCUUUAAUUGGGUUAUAUAUUACUGUCGGUGUAGAACAACAGUAGUUUUAGUCUGAUCACACAGGUCAGACUGCAGCCAAUCAGCUGACAGCAGAUUAUGAAGGAGGACGUGAGGUGUGACCAUAAUUAUAUAUAGAACUACUGGUUUUCUCCCCGUAAGUUAAUAUGCAGCCUUUUAUCAUACAGAAAUGUAAAAAGAAAUAAAUGUUUUUAGUAAAGGGGCUGUAUGUAGUUUCUCAAUUAAAUUACUUAUUAAUAAAUCACAUUUUCAUUG